UUUUGAGGUACCAUUUGAAAAGAUAAAAAAACGAGGGAAAAAUUGGUUGAAAUGAUGGAAGUAGAAGGUGAAACACAAACACUGAGGGAAAUGAUUCGUUGGAGAAUUUUAGAAGUAAGAGAUCGUUUAAAUCGGUGUGAUGUCAAUUUAGAAAUGCAAGACGUAUUGGAAGUUGUCGAUGAAUUGGUACAAUACGUUGUUCUACUAGAUUCAUUUGAAAGGGUUUCUGAACAGGUUUUAAACUAUUUAAUCCAUGCUCGUAACACGCUAUCCAGGGAAAGUAUCAGAGCCACUUUUGAAUAUGAAUCGUGCGAUAUUGCUAAUGCUGGCAGGCCUUCACUGAUUAUCGGAAAAGAGCAAAUUGAAUAUCUUCUGGAUUGCAGUUUUACAGUCAAUCAAAUAAGCGAAAUACUACAUGUAUCGAAGCGCACUAUAGAACGUCGUAUGAGUGCAUAUAACUUGACAGGAGUGAACAGAUUUACAGAAAUUAGCGAUCAACAGCUUGAUAACAAUGUUAACUACGUUAAACAAAUCGCGCCCGACUGCGGUUCAAAGCUUCUUUCCGGUUACCUGCGGUCAAUAAAUAUUCGUGUGCAAAGACGUCGUGUCCGAGAAUCCCUUACUCGUGUAGAUUCCUUAGGUGUUCUUGCCAGGCGAUGCAGGGCUGUCCAUCGUAGGGUGUAUAAUGUUGCUGGACCAAUUGCUUUAUGGCACCUAGAUGGAAACCAUAAACUUAUCCGUUGGCGCUUUGUGGUUCAUGGGUGUGUCGAUGGAUACACUCGUAUCCCUGUUUUCUUACAAUGUGGUAAUAAUAACAGAGCAGCUACUGUUCUUAGCCUGUUUAGGAAAGCUAUUGACGAUUGGGGUCUUCCAUCACGUGUACGAUGCGAUAAAGGAGGAGAAAAUGUUGAUGUUGUGCAGUACAUGCUAAAUCAUCCUCAACGUGGCCCUGGACGAGGAUCAGCGAUUACUGGGAAAAGCGUGCAUAACCAGAGAAUAGAGCGUCUUUGGCGUGAUGUGUUUGAAAGUGUUUUAAAGUCCUUUUACAAUUUGUUCUAUUCAAUGGAGGAUCAUGGUAUUUUGAAUCCUGGUGAUGAAGCAGACAUCUGGUCUCUUCACUUCGUCUUUAUGAAGGAAAUCAACUAUUGUCUGUUUUGAUGGCUUGAAGCAUAGAUUAGGCAUCCACUUCGAACAGAGCAUAACAGUACUCCUUUGCAGCUUUGGAUCAAUGGCAUGCGUUGGAAUCAAAACGCAUCUCUUCCUCAUGAAAACAUAGACUGGGAGACUUAUGGCAUAGACUGGACAGGCUUUGUUCCAGCAGAACUUGAAGUUGAAGCAUCAACAGUAGAGGUGCCAGAAAAUAUAUUCUCUGUCAACGCAGAAGUGAUAAAUGAAUUGAAUACAAUUUUAAGAGAAGUCAUUGACACUAAUGGUGAUGUUAUAGAGCAGUACUAUGUGGUAAGAGAUUAUGUCAAACAACUGGAUUCACGGUAACCUUCAAUGAAUUCCUCCGAUCCAUGAUAUGUCAAAAAAAUAGAAAUUGAACAAAAAAUUUCUAAAUCUUUAUUUCUCAUAUUGAUAUGGUGUUGACAAUACAUCUUAAUUAAAAAGGAAAUAGACAUGGACUGUGUGUUUAUUCCAAUUAUAAGGUAAAUGAAAGAAUCUAUUAUUUAUAAACACAUGUUUCUGAAUUACCAAACAAAACAAAAUUUAUCAUGAAAAUAUGUGAGCAACUAGUAAUAUCUAAUCUACAAUCCACUUUAAAUGUCAAUGACAACCACCAUAAAAUGAUAAUCUAUUCUCUUUUUCAAUAAGCAAUGUAAACAAAAGGCGUUUCGAUGAAAAAACUACAAUUGUCGAAACACCGAGCGCAACACAAAAAAUAUAAUUGGGAA